GUGUAGUUUUCCGCUUCCAUAAACAAGACGACUGCCAGAGUUAGUCGCCAGUCCUGUGUGCCUCUGGGCUGAGUCUCCCUCUGAGGGAGACAGACAUACUGACAGAGAAAAGUGAGCAAGGGACGAAAGACGGAGAAAGUGAGAGAACAGGAAAAAGGGAAGGCAGAAAGACAGGAAAACCCAUCAGAAGAAAAGAAAGUCAGACAAGAACUGACAGAAGAACAGGAGAAGGGAGAAGAGGAGAGAGUAAAAUACACACUGAGUUGAGUCUCUCUUCUUCUCCUCUAGCCCUAACAGAACAGAUAAAGUCAUGGCCGAGAACAACACAAAUCUCUUUGUGGAAAUACUUCAGUCUUUCGAUGCCGUCCCUCUGAUCAUAGCUUUUUUUGUGUCCAUGGCGGUGGGCCUGGUCUUGGGAGCCCUAGUUUACGUGAUCUUGACCUGGAUGUCCCGACGCAGAGCAGGCUCUGCCAGCAUCACCCGCCGCCCACCUCGACGAUCCCGCAACGCUUCUCGCAACCGUCCGGGUUUUAACCGCAACAGCAGCUACGACCGGCGCAGCAACAACAGUUUGGUCAGCGCUGCUUUCAGCUUCCACCGCCAGACGUCCUCUCCAGAUCACCUUGACCCACUGGGGCACAAAUCCAGCUUCAGGGCCUCCACCUUCCACCCUCUUCUCCAGUGCAGCCAAAUUGCAAGGGAAGCAGAGGAGGGAAGCCAGACCACACUGCCUCGUACACCGACUCUGAGCACGACGUCUGGAUCAGCUCAAACUGCAGUCCAGCCAGCUGCUACCCCACCCAGACCCGAGUCAUUCUGGGGGAACAACGCCCUGAGGGGUAUCCAUGCUACACAGACACCACCUCCAGCUUAUGAGAGCAUUAUAAGAGCGUAUCAGGAAACAUGCACCUGAGAAGAGUGAAAGCACCAUGCUGACACUAACUGAUGAGCCCAGAGUUGUAAAUGGAUUUACAAAUGAUAUUGGACAAAAACUGUGUUGAUUUAUAUAACCCAGGUGGAGCUGGGUGGAGUGAACAAGGCAGUCAAGGUCAACUGUGCGUCCUGCUCGACACAAUAACAGUCUCAAACAAUGAUCAGUUUUGUAUGUCUUUUGGUUAGUUAAAAUAUAUCUUGUGCUGACAAAAGCAUACUUGCCUUUCAUCAUUCAGUACUGAUGUAAAAUAUUUAAAAGCUGUUAUUUGACACUUUCAGAAAUGUGGCAAUGGCUGCUUAUUGUAGGAACCAAAAUUAUUCCUCUUCAAAAUGAGCAAAAAUGAGUCUGUAUUUAAUGGUGAUUGACACUAAUGUAUGCUGGCAUCGAAUCUUUGUUUAGUUUAGACAAAGCAAAAAUCUACAAAACACACUGUUGGCUGGGCAUUCAUGAUGCAAGGCAAGACUUCUGCUUUGUCCCUGCUGAUCAUCUAAUAACUAUGCAAAAGAGAAAAGGAUUGUGUAUGUACCCCAGAGGAAGACGAGUGUUUGUGUGUUAACCUGUAAUUAAUAAAUUCUCGAUGUGUCAUUGACAUAUCUAUUCAAAACCUAGUGGAGACAGCUUUGAACUCAUUUGAUGUUUUAAUUGCUGCCUCACACAUGUUUUUUACAGAGCUGUGGUGCGUGGCUGUGUGUGGCAUUCAAAGCAAUUUUGUGUAUGUGUUUGCAUGCACAGUGCGUGUGGGCAUGAGAGAGAGAGAGAGAGAGAGAGAGUGAAAAAAGGGCAUUAGGUGCAAGAAGUUUUUGUAUGUUAUGUAUGUCUGAAUGUGAUUUGCCAAACUAUGCUCAUAAGUUAAUAUAAUAAAAGCAAGAAUCAAAACACAUGACAAAUGAUUUUUUUUACAAAGCUUGGGGGGUGUUCAAAUAACAAAUAAAUACUACCAUAGAGACGUUU